CUCAAUCAAUGAGGAGGCAGCCAACCCACCCCCUCUCCCUCUAUAUAAAGGGGCUUGGCAGCCCACUCCCUCCUCACUUGCUCUCAUUUCCCACUCUCCACUCCUCUCCACUCCUCUCCUUUGCCUCAUUUCUUUUCACUCCCUACUAUUUCCUCCACUCCCUCACACUCUCCUCCUCCACUUCCCCACGAAAAUGGUGCUCCCCUUGGUCCCAUGGCCGGCCAUGGCCAUGGAAAGCCACCAAGAUGAAGCUCCCUUCCUCCCUCAAGCUCAUCCUCACCAUGAGAGCCUCCCCCUCCAUCUUCUCCCCAACCUUAGAUGGUUUAAUCUCCUCUUCUUCUCCCUCCAUUGCUAAGAUUGGAUCUUGAUGCAGGUGCAUGUUAGUCCAAGCAUGGAGAAGGUUGAGCUAUCCUCAGAUCUGAAGUUCUUGAGCAAAAUCCAAAUCGAGUGGUUCAAAGUUCUGCAGAUAGAUCAAAAUCUGGUCAGAUCUGACUUUGUCGAAUUAAACCAGGAGUUUGGUGACGAAUUUUUGAAUGAAACCAACUGGAUGCGAACAAUUCCGGAGAAGAAGAACAAGUGGAAUCGGAUGAGAAGAUUUUAUUUAUAUUGUUGGGAUUGUUAUAUUGAUGGAGUUGAAGAAGUACAGGGACAAAUAAGCCAAGACUUGAAGGAGUUCGACAGAUGAAGAAGGAGUUGGCGACGUCUAUGCGAGCUAGGAACGUCUUCCCAGUCAGUUGCCUGUAGGGUUUAAGGCGAAUGACUUGGGCUCCGCGCUGUUGAAGUGAUGAUGCUACUCUGAUGUUUAGUUAGGCCCUUCGAGGCUAUUAUGUAAGUAAUGGUCAUGUGACAUUAUUGUAAUUUUCUUAUUCCGCUUUGUAAUGGAUGGUGUAAUUUGAUAUCAGUUCGGUUAUGUGUUCA